CUAAAGCCUGAAGAUGCCUCCAAAAUUCUCCCUGGAGUUGUUAUGUUCCUCCCACCUCCGAAAAUCAUCCCAAAAGGGGCUUUUACAGAUUCUGAGCUACUCGAUGGAGCCUUUAAUCAUCCUGUGGUCGUUCUCUCAAUUCCCGUGGAUGUCCAGUACAACUCUCACGUUGAAAUUGCCAUCCAUGUGGCAUCGAAGGGUAUGAAAUACAAUACUGGAAAUUUGGCUGCGCAUCGUCUCGGGUAUUUGCGCGUUGCGACCGAGAGCAAGCCUUUUGCAAAAGACACAUUGAAGCUUCGCAAUGGAAAGGCGAUGAAACGUGAUUUCUGUUAUGUCAACGUGAAGAAGUCGUAUAUGAUCGAGUUACAGGCCUUGGCGCAAUAUGGGUUUAAGGAGCCGGUGGAUGCAUACAGAUUAACUGCUCAUUCGUUGAAGACGUUGCAU